AUUUUAAGGGGUGGGAGCAACUGUCUCAAACGGCGGCACCGCCGGGCCCACUACUCCAUCCGCUAGCCGUCACCGCCUCCUCCGCCAGUUCCCGGAGCUCGAAAACGAACCCAAAACCACCUUCGCUAUGGAUUACGAACGAAUCGAAAAGCCUUCUCCUCCAGGCGGUGGGUUUUCUCCCAGUAAGCUUCGAGCUAUUCUGUUGGGAGUGGAGAAGAGGAGGAAAGAGGAUGAGAUGGAGUCCAAGUUCUCGCUGAAAUCUGAAGAAACUGGCGCUGAGAUUGAUGACACACGUGGUAGUGUUCCCGAUGAGUACAAGGAUGUAGACAUGGUGAGCUCCCUCCCUGGAUACUCUACGUCGUUGGAUACAAUGAGUGGUUAUGGAUUUACAGAUCAAAGCCUAUCGAGUUCGAGAAUUAGAUCUCAAGAGGAAGAUUCUUUUGAUUCGGAGGGCGUGUCGUCCACCUUCGAAUUCCACAAGGCUGAGCGUGCCUUGCAUCGGUCGGCUCUCGUGCCGCCAUUCUCGAAGCCGGCGCCUUCGAAAUGGGAUGAUGCACAGAAAUGGAUUGCAAACCCCAACUUGAACCGGCCUUAUAAAGCUAGUGGAGGUCAGCCGAAGAAGAUGGAGAAGUUUGGUUAUGGUAGCAGACAGUCUUCGAUGAAGGUUGUUCUGGAGCUUGCAGAGGACGCAGAGACUAAGAGGAUUGAUCCGAGCCAGGAAAAGAGGGAAUUUGGUGGGCAGAAGGCUGGGAAUUGGGUGCCCGACCUAUAUCCGGUGGUGGAUUCCUGUGCCAAGCCUGCAAUUAAUGUUGAGAACUCAGUUGCAGAUCCAACAAUUUCUCUUAGUCGUCAUGAUUCAUCUGCAGUACCUCAGAAUGCUCCCACCUUUAUUACUCCUCCAUCAACUGUCAGGUCUGUAUCUAUGAGAGAUAUGGGCACAGAAAUGACUCCCAUUGCUAGCCAAGAGCCCUCUCGGACAGGAACUCCUGUGAGAGCCUCAACACCAACACGGAGCCCUACUUCUUCUCGAUCAACAACUCCACAGAGAGAUGCACCAAAUUCAAACAUUGUUGCAAACAUUAUUGGUUCAUCGGACAGCCAUGGGGAUAAUAACAAGGAGUUGAGUGAAAAAGAAUUGCAAAUGAAAGCUAGAAGAGAGAUAAUGAUUCUCGGCACACAACUAGGUAAGAUGAACAUUGCUGCAUGGGCUAGCAAAGAAGAAGAAGAAAAGGAUUCAUCCGUUUCUCUCAAGACCGUGCCAGUUGACCAAUCAAAAAGUGUUACUGAGAUGCGUGCAGCAGCCUGGGAGGAGGCAGAAAAGGCCAAGUAUCAGGCCAGGUUUAAACAGGAAGAAAUCAAAAUCCAAGCGUGGGAAACUCAUCAGAAAGCAAAAACUGAAGCUGAAAUGAGGAAAAUUGAGGUUGAGGUGGAGAGCAUGAGAGCUCAUGCACAUGAUAAGCUUAUGAACAAGCUAGCAGCUGCAAAGCAUAAAGCUGGGCAAAAGCGGGCAUUAGCAGAGGCCACAAAAGACCAACAAGCUGCAAGGACAGCUCAACAAGCAGAGUACAUAAGAAGAACUGGCCAUAUUCCUUCCUCAUUUUCUUGCUGGAAUUGGUGCUCUUAAUUCUGUUUCGCUGAAGCAGCUGCUACCGCUAUGUCUAAAUAUUCCAGCAUUCUUGUUGAUUUAGUUGGUUCGUAAUCCUUAUUCUGCAAGAUAUUUGUAGUGCACAAAUUUGUUCCGGUGCCAUUUGGUCUACCUAAGGAUAUAAGAAUAUGUCCAUUUUGUGUUAGUGAAUUGUUAGUUUUUAUUUUACCAACUGCCAAAUUAUAAGUACAUGUUUUCAUCCCAGUAUAGAUCUGUUCCUAAAUAUAUGUAUUGAACUCUUGAAGCACAUUGAGAUUUAAUAGCUGUGAAAAGCUUAUGUGUGCA